AUGUCCGGAAAGGGAAAGGGAGGCCGCGGAAAGAAGUCGACCACCAGGUCGGCCAAGGCUGGGCUGCAGUUCCCUGUGGGGCGUGUUGGCCGGUUCCUCAAGCGGGGCAAAUACGCGUCCCGCGUGGGAGCUGGAGCUCCGGUGUACCUGGCCGCCGUGCUGGAGUACCUGACCGCCGAGGUGCUUGAGCUGGCCGGCAACGCUGCCCGUGACAACAAGAAGGCACGCAUCAUCCCCCGCCACAUCCAGCUAGCCGUUCGCAACGACGAGGAGCUGAACAAGCUUCUCGGAGAGGUGACAAUCGCAUCCGGCGGUGUGUUGCCCAACAUCCAUGCGGUGCUCCUCCCCAAGAAGAUCGCUAAGAGAGUAAAGUUGUCCCAUAUGGAGAUACCUUCGUCUUGA